AUCGAAUGGUUGCGGAAAUAAAAAAUAAGUAUUGUAAUGUAACUAAGGAAUCAAUUAUGCUAUAUUUACAACUUUGUUCACAUUGUCAAAAGAAAUCUACUAAUAGAAAAAUAGGACUGGUUUCCAAACCAAUAUUACACAAUGCUUUUAACUCGAGAGCACAAGUAGGUUUAAUAGAUAUGCAGUCCCAACAUUUUAACGAUUUUCGGUUUAUUUUUUGUUAUCAAGACCAUUUAACCAAAUUCGUAAUUUUAAGGCCUUUAAAAAGUAAACGUGCAGAGGAGAUUGCAUAUAAUUUACUUGACAUUUACACGACCUUUGGCGCACCAGCAAUUUUGCAGUCAGAUAAUGGCCGUGAAUUCGUAAAUUCGACUAUAACUGAACUGCACAAUAUGUGGGAAGAUGUCAAAAUUGUUCAUGGUAAACCGAGGCACAGCCAGAGCCAAGGUUCUGUGGAACGAGCAAAUAGAGAUGUAGAGGAUAUGUUGGCUACGUGGAUGGCAGAAAACAAUAGUACGGAUUGGCCUUCUGGUUUGAAAUUUAUUCAGUUUCAGAAAAACCGAGCUCUUCAUUCAGGUAAAAAAAAGUAUUUAAUAUAAUUAAUAUAAUAUAAAAUAAU